AUGGCAACGUGGACCUACCUUGCUUCUAUGGAGCUUCUUUCUUCCCAUGAUAUAUUUGUUCCUAAUUACAAAUGCAGCAUCCACCAAAACUCAGUUUGCGUUAUUGCUGGACCCAACUCUCAUAUCUCCCAGGUUAUGGCAGACAUCCUGAGCGUUUACAAAAUUCCACAGCUCACAUAUGGCUCAGCUCCAGUGAUCAGUAACAUGAUUCAUGCAGCUUUCUUUCAUCAGAUGUUUCCAAAUGAGCAUCUCCAGAUUAUGGGGAUCCUCCAGUUGCUGCUACAUUUUAAGUGGACCUGGAUUGGGCUGAUUUGUCAAGCCAAUGAGAUCGGCGAAAGAUUUCUGCGGGAAGUUCUGAUCCUGUUUUCUGAGAAAGGAAUCUGCUUCGCUUACAUCGAAGAGCUUCUAGUAGAAGUUUUUUCCAAUGGAGUGGGAGAAAAAAUGGAUACGUUUCUUAAAAUGUACGAAACCAUUAUGACAAGUUUGUCCAACGUUGUGAUUGUAUAUUGUGAAAACCAGCUCAUGGCUCUUUUCAGAAUGACCUCCGCUGUUUCAGAAUAUUGGGACACAACGGUUGAGCGCAAAGACAAAGUCUGGAUUUUCCCAGCCCAGAUGGAGUAUACUUCAGUUCCAUUUCAAAGAGACUGGAGUAUGGACUUCAUCCAUGGGGCUCUUUCUUUUUCAGCUUCGUCAAAAGAAUUAUUAGGCUUCAAUAGGUUUCUUCAGCUGGGAAACAGCAUUCCAGGAAAGGAAGACACUUUGUCCAGGGUCUUUUGGGAACAAGCAUUUGGAUGUUCUUUCUCACAAGCCACAUUAAACCUCAAGUCCGAGAAAAGGUGCACUGGGGAAGAGAAGCUGGAGACUCUUCCAAUGACUGUCUUUGAAUUGAGCAUGACUGGACAAAGCUACAGUAUCUACAAUGCAGUCUAUGCUGUGGCACGCGCUUUCCAGGCCAUGCUUACAUCCCAUUCCAAACACAGAGCAAGGGCUGGUGGUGAGAAACAGAACCCUCUGAAUCCUCAGGUGUGGCAGGCUCAACCUUUUUCUUUAUGCAAUGAACAUUGCUCCUUGGGGUACAGCAAGAUCAAAAUAGAAGGGAAGCCAUUUUGCUGUUACAAAUGCCUUCGUUGUCCAGAAGGGAAAAUUGCCAAUCAGACAGAUUUAGAUGACUGUUUCCUGUGUCCUGAAGAAAACUAUCCUAACAACGACAGGGCACUUUGCAUUAAAAAGCUCACAACCUUCUUGUCUUAUAAAGAACCCUUGGGAAUCACCUUGACCAGUGUUGCUUACUUCUUUUCCGUCAUCUCAGUUGUGGUGCUGGGGAUCUUCGUUAAACACCAGGAUACUCCCAUUGUCAAAGCCAACAACAGGAGCCUGACUUAUACUCUUCUCCUUGCUCUCCUGUUCUCUUUCCUUUGCAUUUUGCUUUUCCUUGGGCAACCUAACCAAAUAAAAUGUCUCUUGAGACAAGCUGCUUUUGGCAUCCUCUUCUCUGUAGCCCUUUCUUGCAUAUUGGGCAAAACAACCAUAGUGGUUCUUGCUUUCAUGGCCACCAAGCCGGGCUCCAAAAUAAGGAAAUGGGUAGGGAAAAGACUAGCCAACACAAUUGUGUCCUCUUGCUCCCUUGUGCAAGUCAUCAUCUGCAGUGUGUGGCUGGCAAUUUCUCCCCCAUUCCCAGAUUCAGACGUGCAUUCCAUGGCUGAAGAAAUUGUUCUGGAAUGUAAUGAAGGUUCAGCCACCAUGUUUUAUAUUGUUCUAAGCUUUAUGGGAUUCUUGGCCUUUAUCAGUUUCACUGUGGCCUUUCUAGCCAGGAAGCUACCAGAUAGCUUUAAUGAAGCCAAAUUUAUCACCUUCAGCAUGUUUGUUUUUUGUAGCGUCUGGGUGUCAUUUGUUCCCACCUAUCUGAGCACCAAGGGGAAGUACAUGGUAGCCGUGGAGGUCUUCUCCAUUUUGGCUUCUGCAGCAGGACUACUGGGCUGUAUAUUUUUCCCCAAAUGUUACAUUAUUGUUCUGAGGCCUGAUUUGAACAGAAAGGAGCAGCUGAUAAAGUAA